AUGCCGCUGCUAAAGAAGACACCCAAGGAGGAGGAGGAGGAUGGCGACCCCUUCGCCGCCAACCCUGAGAGCCGCUACCGCCGGCGGGCCACCCUGGAGCGCUUGGUGGGUCUGGCACCCUUUGGCCGUGCCCGCCGCCCCCCACCCAAAGACGAAGAUGGGGACGGUGGCCGGGCACGGCGGCGGUCGGAAGAUUUCGGGCUGUUGAGGCGGCUGCCGGGUCGGCGCAAGGCCAGCGUGGAGGCGCUGGCGGAGAGGCCGGUCCCCAAGCGCAGCUCGCUGCUGCGGCUGGCCUUGGGGACACGGGGACGGCGGGGGUCCGUGGGUGAGCGCCCGCCAACGGUGGAGAGCGAGGAGGUGUCCGACGGGGACCAGGAUGGCGGGGGACAGCGGCAGGAGGGGGAGGUGCUGGGGCACCCUGAGGUGGGGGCCCUACUGCAGGCACAGGCGCUGGGGCCCCUCUUGCCCCCCGAGACUCAGCGCAGCCUCGAGAGCUCCUGCAUCGCCGCUGUCAAGGCGAAGGUGGAGGUGGCAGUGGCGCAGGAGCUGCAGCUCAGUGAGGACACAUGGGCAGAGGAGGCCUCCAGCGAGGAGCUGCAGGAGGGGCUGGCCACCCGCGUCACUGGGCUGCUGCGGGCACACGUGGACCGAGCCCCCCAGAUCACCCCCGAGUUUGGCAUGGAGAUGGCACACAGCCUCCUGGGCGUGCUGGUGGCCUUUUUGCACAGUUUCCAGCGGAAGGUGGAACGGUUCCUAGAGGCCCCCGGCGAAGCCACCCCACCCGACGGUGCCACCGGCCGUGCCAUCGCCCUGGUCAACUGCUGUCCUCCCUUCAGGACCUUUGCCGAGCGCCUGGCGCAGUUCGGUCAUCCGGAGAGCGAGGAGCCCCGACGGCAGGCCCACGCCGCCCUGGACAAGGUGACCCGGCUUUGCAACCAUGUCCUCACCCAACGCCUCUUCGAGGAUCUCAAGCCCUACUUCAACAAGCUGAUGAAGCGCAAGUGGCUGACCAGCUCCGACGCUUUCGACACCAUCGUGAUGCUCAUCACCAGCUUCACCCAGAAGCUGCGUCCGCUGCGCCCUGAGCCCUACCAGGUGCUGGUGAGCGAGGUGCACAGGCGGGUGCUCAUCGAGUACGUGCGGCCGCUGCUGCAGGUGCGCUUGGUCUGCACCUCGGCCAAGAUGCGCGCCCGGGUGGCCGCCCGCCUUGGGGAUGAAGCUCGCCAGCUCCGCGAGCUCUUCAGCCGCUUGGAUUCGGCCUCGCCCUGGCUGGAUUCGGUGGUGCCGAGGUUGAGGGAGCUGCUGGUGCUGGAGGACACGGCGGCGCUGCAGAUGGAGGUGGGCGUCCUGGUGAGGGACUUCCCCGAUGUCCGACGGAAGCACGUGGCGGCGGUGCUGGACGUGCGGGGGCUGCGGAGCCAGGCGGCGCGGCAGGAGAUCCUGGGGGUGGUACAGGACCUGGAGCAGAACGAGACCGAGCCGGGGCUGCCGCGCCAACGCGCCUUCUUCUCCGAGCUGACCGUGGCCCGCGAGGUGCGAUGUCUGCCCUUCCACCUGCCGCGCCUGGCACGUCUCUCCCGCCUGCGCCUGCGUCGCCCGCACCCCCAGCGCCCCGGCCAGGCACGGCUCUGA